AUGUUGGAAGAGUCAGAUGUUGAUGUCAACAAUCCUGCAACAUUUGUGCAUUCUGAUGAUGAAGAUGCAUAUGUGUCCACUACCCAUAAUGACAAACUGAUGAUGACAAUGAUUGUGUUGGUACUAGUGACGGAAACUGUGAGAAGUUCAGUGGUGCUGUUGCAGAUAUUAGUCAGUCUGCAGCCACUAUGGAAUGAUAACUAUUACACAUCUGUUCCUCUCACAAAACAACUCUUUGAAAAAGAAGGCAAAUUCAAUGUUAUACUGAGAAAGAGCAGAAGGCAUCUUCCAGCAAUUAUGAACAAUAACAUAAAAGAGGGUGAAAUGGUUGGAGCACAUCUCCGACUAGACACAUCAUGUGUCGAUGGUGCUAUUAUAUGGGGUAACUCAUGGGGUGUGCACUUCUUACCUGAUCUCUAUCAUGCUACUGUGACUUUGCCUGAAACACUGGCCAGACUGAGAGAAAGAAAGCAGCCAGCACGUAAAGUAGUUGCAGAUGAUGUGUGGCUGAAAAAGGACCUCCAUCAACAGAUGGUGAAACAACAAAACCUACAAAGAGGUUCAAAGCCAGCACGUUUUAACCUCAGUCAAUCAACAGCAAUUAUAAAACAUAUACAUGAUUUGUGGCAUGGCACAGAACCAGAUAAGGCUGUGUCAAUGGCUGUGUUCUCAGACGGCUCUUAUGAUGUUCCUCCAGGUUUGAUGUUUACAAUGCCAACAGUGUGCAAAGAUCGCUCAUGGAAAAUCAAACAGCUGUUUUCAGAAUCAUUUGAAGACGUUCCAAAUCAUCUACAGAUGGAAUUAACCAAUCUGCAGUGCAGUACACAGGUGAAGCACCAGUUCUUUGCAGUACCCAGUACAAAAGAAUUCUAG